AUGUUGUUGCACAUUUUACGUUCUGUUAAUGUCGACGAAAUUGAAAACAUGAGCAAUGAGAAGCUAGGCAAAAAGUUGUACAAGCAAUUAAAAGGCAAGAGAUAUCUCAUUGUCAUUGAUGAUUUAUGGGAUAUUGGUGCCUGGGUCGAUCUUAAAAUGUAUUUCCCCAAUGACAACAAUGGAAGUAGAGUUAUGUUCACUAGUCGGCUCAAAGAAGUGGCUAUGCAUGCCUCACUUGAUUGCCAUCCUCAUUGUCUACGUUUUCUCACUGAAGAAGAGAGUUGGGAGUUAUUACAACGGAAGGUGUUUCAUAAUGAAAGUUGCCCUCCAAAAAUGAUUGAAAUUGGGAAGCAAAUAAUGAAAAAAUGUGAAGGGCUUCCACUUGCAAUUGCUAUAAUAGCAGGACUUCUUGCAAAGAACAUCAGGACACAAGAGUCGUGGAAACAAGUUGCCCAAAGU